AUGGAGGAAAGGUCCUCGCAAAUUUGCUCCAAAGUCAAGGCUAGGCUAUGCGUUUCUACUGGUCGGACUUGCGAUGGCUAUACUGAGAAGGCCGAUAUUGUUCAACAAAAACGACCGUACAAGAUAAUCUCCCCCAGAGGAGACAAAUCCACCAGUUACCACCAGUGUGCGACGACCAGUGCGGACGACGCCGGACGAUGGCACUCCCAACGCCAUGAGCUCGUUUGGCCGAAUUUAGGAUCUCUCAUGGUUUUGCCAAUGACAGGUUCGGCACAUGCAGAAGCAAUGUACUUUUUCGAGUGUGUUUCAAUCAAGCAUCUGAAUGAAUACCGCCCUUGCGAAUCAUGGCGGAGAAACCUUAUGCUUUUCGCCCAAACAGUACCGUCGGUGCGACAUGCUGCCAUUGCCCUGGCCAUGAUGCACUGCAAGUACCUGGAUCGUUCUACUAUACAUCCGACCCAUCAGCUGUCUUUAUCGAAAGGCCAAUCAGUGGAUAAGGCUCCGUUGGUUCAUUAUAACCGUGCGAUUCAGCUUUUGCUGGAGCUUGACAAUGAUGACAGCGCUGAAACAACAGCAGUCACGCUGUUAGUCUGUUAUCUCUUCACUUGUUUUGAUCAUCUGGCUGGAGACGAUGCGCAAGCAUUCAAGCACCUGAGUGGGGGCCUGGCUCUAUCGCAAAACACUGAAAACGCUACAUUCAACAACCAUACCUAUGAUUACACUCGAACCUCCGGGGUCCAGGGUAUUAUCCGCGAGGCCACAUACCAGAUUCGCCGCCUUGACAUGCAGGCGGGCAUGUUUCUUGUCGACUGGAGUCCAGCUGAAAUUCAAAAUACAUCGAUGACCCCACUUGGGCUCUUCGACAGUAUAUUUCAGUCCCUCGACGAAGCUGCCGACCACCUCCAGAUUCUCCUCACUCGGGUAAUGAGACUGCGCAGCACAGAACGACAACUGUCACCGACGGGUACAAUACCACCGCUCCCUUCUUCACUAGAAGGCACCACUCUGAAUGAUUUAGAAUGCUGGUCGAUUCGCUUUGAAAGAAUCUUGCAACAAUAUAACGCCUCACGGUCAAUCUCUGAGACCUACCCUCUCGUGUCCCUAUUACGCCUGCAACAUACCGUCGCAUGUAUCAUUCUCAGUGGUGGCGGAACUGGUGAUGAAACAAGCUACGACAAAUUCUUGCCCCAAUUCAAGCAAUGCAUCGCAUUCGCAACCGAAGUAGCAGCAGCACACGAGCAAUAUUCCGGCUCAACUAAAUUGACCUUCACGCCUGAAAUUGGACUUCUUCCUGUUCUCUACAUAAUUGGAGCAAAAUGCCGAGAUCCUAUUGUUCGUCGUGCAACUUUGAGCAUUUUGCGACGGCAAUUUAUACGGGAGGCGUCUUGGGAUAGCGUCUCUACAGCCAUGGUUAUUGCGCGGGUAAUCGAAAUUGAAGAGGGCGUGAAUGAAAGGGAGGCAAUGAUACAGUGCAUGGAACAGGUCCCUGCAUGGCGAAGGAUUGAGGCAUUGUCCUUUUUGAAAGUCAUGGGAGGAGAGUCUGCGGGUAGCUUGGAUAUUACCUACACGUUUUGCGCGCAGGAUGCAAUAUACACAGAGUCUCUUGUGAUAUAUUGCAGGAAUAGAUAA